AUCCCGGGAUCCUCGUUUUGUUUCCCUUCCCCCACCCUUCCUCUUCCUCCCUAUCUAUCAGCACUGCUCGCCGGCGCCGCCUCUGCAAAAGGCUCACUUUUGCCUCCGGAACCCAGCGGAAUCCGCCGGCGGACCGGAAACACUCGCUCGCCCCCCUCACCCCCUGUCUGCCCGGCCGUCGGAGCGCGUCGCCUCCGGGCGUGCAGCAGCAGUCCGUGGAGGUGGAGCCGGGAGGAGGAGGAGGAGGACGAGGACGAGGCAUAAUCUGCCGAGAGCGGGACAGCAGGAGUGGGCUGCUCCGCUCGCGCUGGAGCCAAAGCUACUGAUUGCCUUGUCCUGACCAGCGAAAGAGGGAUCUUUGGGAGGCAAUCAGAGGUGUUCGGUUUGGUCAAACAAAGCUCAGCUCUCUUGGGAUGCUUGCUGCGAGCUGCUUGUGUUCAUACUUGAGAGAAUAAAACAGUGCAUCAUCUUGCUGUCUUGUCCUUCGUGAUUGGAAGAGAAAACGUGCUGCUGUUCUUGCUAUGUCUGUCUCGGAGAAGGUGGCGCCAUCGAAGUCAUCAGUUUCUUCGUCGUCAGAUUUGGAUCCGCUGCUGAAGGAUCUCACGGAGAAGAAGUUGACCUUUAGGAGGAACGUGGUGUCAUUGGCAGCUGAGCUCAAGGAUGCGAGGAACAAGCUUGCCUCCCAGGAGCAGCUGUUUGUAAAGGAAUCUCAAACUAGAAAGGUUGUUGAGACAAAGGCAAGGAGCAUGGAAGAGGAAGUAAGCAAGCUGCAGAAAUGCUUGCAGGACAAGGAUGAGCAACUGCGUUCAUCCGCAAGUAGCACGGAACAGUACCUCCAUGAGUUGGAUGAUCUUAGAACACAACUGUCAAUUACUCAAGCUACAGCAGAAGCGAGUGCUGCAUCAGCCAAGUCAGCUCAGGUGCAGUGCUUGUCAUUGCUGAAAGAGCUGAAUGAGAAGGACAUCUCGCUCAAAGAGCAUGAGCUUCGAGUGAACAAGCUAGGUGAGCAGCUCGAUCUUCUCCAGAAGGAUCUACAAGCAAGGGAGCUCUCACAAAUGCAACUUAAGGAUGAAGUUCUAAGAAUUGAGACCGACAUCAUGGAUGCAAUUGCCAAAGCUGGGUCUAGGUCUGACAAAGACAAUGAGCUUUUAAAGAUCUUAUCUGACGUUUCACCAAGGAAUGUCCAGAACCUCAACAGCCUUUUGAAUGCUAAGAAUACAGAAAUUGCGAGGUUGAGAGAGGAAAUCAGAAUAUUAUCUGCUCACUGGACGAACAAAACCAAGGAACUUGAAUCACAGUUAGAAAAGCAGCGAAGAACUGAUCAGGAGCUGAAGAAGAGGGUCCUGAAGCUUGAAUUUUGCCUUCAAGAAUCUCAGUCCCAGAUGCGAAAAUUAAAGAGGAUGGGGGAGAAAAGAGACAAGGCUCUCAAGGAGCUCAUGGACCAGGUGGCCAUGAAGCAGCCCAACAGCAUGUGCCAUGGAAACAAGGAUAAUUUCUGGGAGAGCCAGGGCUUCAGGUUCAUUGCCUCUAUGUCGAUGCUGGCGCUAGUGAUCCUCGCAAAGCGUUGAAGCGGCAUAGUUUAAGCAGAUGUGAAUGUAGCGUUUACAUUAGCUUGUAGGCUUGGGCAGUUGUGCAUACUGCAUGCCAAAAUUUGCCGACAUCCAAUCCUAGUCUGUAAACUGUAAAAAUAGUUGUGGCCUGUAAUCCGUAGCGCAGUUUCUGCUAGUUCAUGUAAACCCAUAUAAGCUGUCUUGUAGUCACAGCUAGUGAAUGUCAGCUCAUGUAGUCAAGAAUCUACAACCUUAUAAUUUCAGUUCCA